GACAGCACAAUUAUCUCUGUGCUGGAAGAAAUGAUUGUAUUAUUGAUAAAAUUCGGAGAAAAAACUGCCCUGCUUGCCGCUACCGGAAAUGUCUUCAAGCUGGGAUGAACCUUGAAGCACGAAAGACAAAAAAGAAAAUAAAAGGAAUUCAGCAAUCCAGCAUGCCUGCAGGAAGGGACACUGCUGAAAAUCCCACAAACAAAGCUAUAGUUCCUGCCUCACUGCCACAGCUGACUCCUACCCUGGUUUCCCUACUGGAAGUUAUUGAGCCAGAAGUGAUGUUUUCAGGCUAUGACAGCACAAUACCAGACACAACUUGGCGCAUAAUGUCAACUCUCAAUAUGUUAGGUGGAAGACAAGUGGUUGCUGCAGUGAAAUGGGCAAAGGCAAUACCAGGUUUCAGAAACUUGCAUCUGGAUGACCAGAUGACUCUACUGCAGUAUUCGUGGAUGUUUCUGAUGGCUUUUGCUCUAGGUUGGAGAUCAUAUAAACAGUCUAAUGGAAGUCUACUGUGUUUUGCUCCAGAUUUGAUCAUUAAUGAGCAGAGAAUGAAUUUACCAUGCAUGUAUGAUCAAUGCAAACGUUUGCUGAUGGUUACUAAUGAGUUAGCACGGCUUCAGGUUUCCUAUGAAGAAUAUCUCUGCAUGAAAACAUUGCUCCUUCUCUCUACAAUUCCUAAGGAGGGCUUGAGGAGUCAGGCUCUCUUUGAUGAAAUUCGUAUGACAUACAUAAAAGAGUUGGGGAAAGCCAUAGUGAAGAGAGAAGGAAACUCUAGUCAGAACUGGCAACGAUUUUAUCAACUGACAAAACUUUUGGACUCCAUGCAUGAUGUGGUUGAGAAUCUUCUAACGUUUUGCUUCCAAACAUUUUUGGAUAAAUCCAUGAGCAUUGAGUUUCCAGAAAUGUUGGCAGAAAUCAUCAGCAAUCAGUUACCAAAAUAUUCAAAUGGGAAUAUCAAGAAGCUCCUAUUUCAUCAGAAGUGACUGCCUUAAUACAGAAAGAUUGCCUUAAGAAAAAAAAAAAGUCAAAUUAUAACUUUUUUUUAUAAACUAAAAGACUUGUUAAUUUUGUUCUUGUACCUAUAUUAGGUAUUCUUGUUUUCGUUUUGUAAUUAUGCACUACAUGUGGUUUACAGAGGGCCAAGAUCUAGCUUUUAGAAGACACCUCAACUGAAUGAAUACAGGAAGAAAGAAAGAGAAAGAAGUAUGGCUUGGAAUUUUUCCUCUACAUAUACCAUCAUGCUGGCAGUAUAGGAUGCACCAAAAGCAGCAUUGUCAAAGUUUGGAAUCUGCAUUGUCAACAUUCUGCUAGGAGUUUCUGCAGUUGGCUGGUUAAAAUUUUAUAGAUUUUUGUUUUGGUAUAGAUUGUUUUGUAUAGUUCAAGUAGCAUUUUUGAUUUAUGCAUGUAACAUGAAGAAAGUUUACAACUGUAUAUCAGAAAAGGGAAGUUGUGCCUUUUAUAGCUAUUACUGUCUGGUUUUAGCAAUUUCCUUUAACUUUAUAUACAGUGAACUAGCUUGCUCAUUUUUUCUUACAUAAUUUUUGUAAAACUUCAAGAUGCCUAUUGUACAGCUGUUUUUAAAGUGAGGCAGCUCAUAGCUUAAUGACCUCUAGAUAAUGAUCUUCAAGUAUAAUCAUAUGAAUAUAAGGUGGCUUGUCUAAUAUGACUGUCCUAAUAACCCUUCUAAAUUUGGCCUAUAAUUCAGCCUUCUUCAGUGGGGAAUGGGGAUUGAAAUGUAUUCCAAAUCUAACCUGAACACUGGAAUUGCUUAUUUUUUUGAUAUCAGUCAUGCAUGUUCUGUGAGCUACUAGAAAACUAGCUUUGUCUUAAACAAGUGUUUUGAACACAAUUUUUUUUUAAAGCAGCCUAGAUAUUUGCAUUUAAUGCAAUAGCCAUAAUUGUAAGAAUCUUGGGCUGGAUUGACAUUAAAAAUAUCAGUCUUGAUUGCCCAUCAGGAAACUUUCAGGAAAAUAUGCAUAGUUGUUUAAAAGUUUACUUAUACAUGGAGAAAUUAACUUUUUCCAUACACAAUUAUUGCCAUAUAAGUGUGUACUUCAGUGUGUAUCAGUGUAUAUUAUAUAUACAAUGACCACAAUCCGGAGCAGCUGUAAUGUGCAUAACAAAAUCGAAGUGCACAGAAAUUGGCAUAUCUGUUCUCCUUGGACACUCAGACGUAGCAGAGUCUGUGCUUAAAAAAAAAAUUGAAAAAUUGAAAAAACAGUAUUGGUAACCAAUAGAUAUUUUUCAGAACAAAGUGCAGAUUUACCGCUAUGGGGAUCUCAGAAUUCCUGGAUUGUAGCUAGAGGGAAACCUCUUCCCUUGGAUGUGAUCAGAGCUGCUGGAAAGUAGGGUGAAAAGUUUCAGACUUAAUAUGUUGGGCAGUGUGUAUCCAGUGGAGAGGUCCCCUAGAGUCUAAACCCCACCUGUUCUUGCAGUAGCUAAAUUGACUCCAUAUAAAGCAGAUCAGCAAACAGGAAAAAAGCCAGUUUCUGUUGAUAGAUUGCACACUGGAUUGAGGGCAAAUGUGUACAAACCUGACUCCAUUUUAAGUUAGAAGUUGAUGGCUACAUUUCUCCGUGUGUGUAUGGGUGU